GGCCCCAUGGCCCGACCCAGUUGACCCCCUAGGCCCUGAUUCCAGCCAUGCUCCCUAGGCCCCUGCGGCUUCUGCUGGACUCGGGAGUGGGCUCCCCCGGCGGAGUCGUGCUCAGCAGCUUUAGGAGCCGGGACCCCGAAGGGGGCGGGGGCCUAGGGGUUGGCGGGGAGGAAGAGGAGGAGGAGGAGGAGGAGGAGGAAGAGGAAGAGGCUCCUGUGUCUGUCUGGGAUGAAGAUGAGGAUGAUGCUACCUUCACUGUCACCAGUCGUCAAUACCGGCCCCUGGAUCCCUCGGCUCCCAUGCCGCCUCCUCGUUCUUCCCGUCGACUUCGGGCUGGGACUCUGUCUGCUCUGGUCAGACAUCUGCUGGAUAGCCGGACUUCAGGGUCUGACGUGACCUUCAUGCCAACCUUCUUGGCCACUCACAAGGCAUUUACCUCCACAUCCACUGUACUGGGAUUGUUAGCUGACAGACUGGAGGCCCUAGAGUCCAGGCCUUGUGAUGAUUUAGAGAGGACAAGAGGGUUAGCCAUCUCUGUUCUGUCAACCUGGCUGACCUCUCACCCUGAGGAUUUUGACUCGGAGGUCAGGGGUCAGAUUGACCGGCUUGAGAGCUUCCUGCUUCGGACAGGGGAUGCAGCAGGGGAGGUUGUUGGGGGGGGCAUCGAUGAUCUCAUCCGAGACCUCCGAUCCCGGGUGGACACCCCAGCCCCUGACCCUCCUAAGCCCCUGGCCCCCCCUGGCGAUUCCCCUGCUGACCCCACGGAUGUCCUGGUGUUCCUCGCUGACCACUUGGCUGAGCAGCUGACCCUGCUGGAUGCGGAGCUGUUCCUCUCUUUGGUCCCUUCUCAGUGUCUGGGAGCAAUAUGGGGCCACAGAGACCGACCUGGUCACUCCCACCUCUGUCCCUCUGUCAGAGCAACAGUCACUCAGUUCAACAUGGUGGCUGGGGCUGUAGUCAGCUCGGUCUUGGGGGCCACAGCAUCUGGAGAGGGACUUGAGGAGGUGUCCAUCCGGCCCCUCCGACCCCCCCAGAGAGCAAGGCUCCUGGAAAAAUGGAUCCGGGUAGCAGAGGAGUGCCGUCUUCUCCGGAAUUUCUCAUCUGUUUAUGCUGUUGUGUCUGCCCUUCAGUCCAGUCCUGUCCACCGGCUUCGGAUAGCCUGGGGAGAGAUAACGAGGGACAGCCUCCGACUCUUUUCCAGUCUCUGUCAGAUUUUCUCAGAGGAAGAUAAUUAUUCUCAAAGCCGGGAGCUUCUAUUGCAGGAGGUAAAGGUCCCUCCCCCACUGGAGCCAAACAAGAAGUCUGUGAGAAAUGUGCCAUCUCGGGGUGGGGGUGUGGUCCCAUACCUUGGCACCUUCCUAAAAGAUCUUGUGAUGCUGGAUGCAGCUUCCAGGGAUGAGCUGGAGAAUGGUUACAUCAACUUUGACAAGAGGAGGAAGGAAUUCUCUGUCCUAUCUGAGCUUAGACGUCUUCAGGAUGAAUGUCGAGGUUAUGACCUCCAGCCUGACCCUGAUGUUCAGCAGUGGCUUCAGGGGCUCCAGCCUCUGACAGAGGCCCAAAGUCACCGUGUAUCUUGUGAAGUGGAACCCCCUGGAGUCAGUGACUCCCCUGCCCCCCGGAUACUUCGGCCAACACUGGUCAUCUCUCACUGGACAGAUGUACUGGGAUCUGUUGGCGGCCCUACUCCCCUUGUUUCCUGGGAUCAACCUAGUCCUAGAGAAGAUGAUACAGCUGCAACCCCUGCCCCAUUGCUCACUCGACUUGCCCAGCAUAUGAAAUGGCCAUCCGUUUCCUCUCUGGACUCUGCCCUGGAUGGAGCUUCUUCCUGCCAUACUCCUGCUGAUCCUGGGUUCCUUUCCCCAACAGCCCACUCUCCCAGGCCCUCCAGAGGUCACCGCAGAUCAGCCUCGUGUGGUUCUCCUCUUAGCAGUGGAUCUGGGGAGGUCACUUCCUUGGGGCCAGGGUCUGGGAGCAGGAGUGGAAUCGGGCCUGGGGCCUCGGACUGUCGCAUCAUUCGUGUGCAGAUGGAGCUUGGGGUGGAUGGCAGUGUCUACAAGAGCAUCCUGGUGACAAGUCAGGACAAGGCUCCGAGCGUUAUUAGUCGUGUCCUGAAAAAAAAUAACCGGGAUCCAGCAGCAGCUUCAGAGUACGAAUUGGUGCAACUGCUGCCAGGUGAUCGAGAGCUGACCAUUCCACCAUCAGCGAAUGUCUUCUAUGCCAUGGAUGGUGCCUCUCAGGAUUUCCUCCUUAGGCAGCGGCGGCGACCCUCUUCAGUGACUCCAGGUCUUUCCACUGGACCCUCUACCCCUGCAAAUCCUCCUAGUGAGGGAGGAGGAGGCUCUUUCCCCAGGAUAAAGGCCACAGGACGGAAAAUUGCCCGGGCACUGUUCUGAGGAAACCAUAUUGUUUUACAGAAGCCAUGGUGACUAUAUUGUUAUUAGCCACCUUGAAUGGUGGUGGCCAUGUUGGAUUAGGAUAGUCACCUUGUAUGAUAGCCAGGCAUGCUUGGUCAGAAAGGAGUAGCCCUUAUUUACUGUGCACCUAUGUUGGAAACAGCCUAUCCAGACAGCCACUUUGGAUUCCUGUGGCUAUUUUGGCAGGAGACAGGAACAGAUUACAUCUCUCACAGUCCCUACAUCCUGAUACCUGUUAUUAGUGCCAUCAUUGUCACCCCUGACUUUUCUCUAUUUGUCACAUCUCAGCAUGCAAAGGGCCAGGGAAAGGCUUGAAAGGGGUAUAGCCUAGAGGCUCCGAGUACCAGGAAUGGGUGGAGGGAGGGGAGGGAAAGAAGGAAGGUCUUCCAGGGGCUCCCUUUCUCUCUAUGAUCCCCCCAUCCCCAGCCAGGGACUCCUGUGCUGUGACAACACUAAAACAAUAAACACACUACAUGACCUCCACCCAUCUGAUUUCUAGAAUCUGCAUACUUCACAAGCUCAAGAGUGCAGGGUCUUGCUAGCUGCCCCGUUUCCUUGUUAAGGUUUCAAGCAAGAGGGCUUAGGAGUAAUGUUCUAAGUCCCCAAGAGCUCAUGUUGACCCCACCAGAUCCAUAAGUGUCAUCACUUAUGAAGAUCUAGUCAACUUCCCAUCACUCAUAUCAGGCCCCACUAUGUCCAGCUGUCCUGCCCUACUUAUCCAAUCAUGGAUCUCUACCACAUCCCAAAACCCUUUCUUAGCACCAGAGAGCUCUCCUAGCUGUAAAUGUGAAAAAGGGAAUCUUAAAACCGAGUUAAAGAGAAUGAACAACUAAUGGAACUUGUGAUUCUGAAAAGCAGAAUAAGCUAAAAAUCAUUUCAAUUCAAGAAAACAAAUUCAAAUUUCUGGAUCAUAUGUUUUCUGAGAAACUAAGGAUGUUUGGGUGUUAAGUUGUGCACACCUUAUAGUAACAUUUAUAACCUUUGAGUUCAAGUGUAGCAAAAACUAGUCUGAAUUAGAGGAUCUGUGAAAAAAUCAUUUAACCCCUCUAGGACUGGAUAAAAUGGAUUAAAUAAGCACCAAUUCU